AUGCUUGUUGCGCCGGCGCCUGCGGUGUAUGUGGGGGCGCUGGCGACAUUAUUUGUGGAGGUUGAGGUGUCUGUUGUGGUGGCAUUUUUGUCCCACUCGGUUUCUCGUCCAACGAUUCCUCAGCUAUCGACGAAGCCGAUGGUGAUGGAAUCGGCUGCGACGAUGAUGAGGGUGUCGUCGGAUUCCCAUUCGGUCCUUCUUUCGUUGGUGGAACUCCAGCUCGAGCCGCCGCCUGAGCUUGUUGUUGUUGUGCUGCCCAUUCGGUCGGUGUUGGUCCGGGUGGCAUUCGUACCAUGUCACCUGGUCCCAUCAUUGGCGGUCUCAUCAUUUGUGGUGGAUAACCAUAAGCUCCCGCAGGUGGAGGAUAUCCAUAUGCGUGUGGCGGUGGUGGAGGAUAUCCGGGAUGAUGACGGGGUGGCAUGCCGUAUGGAGGAUAUCCAGGCGGAUAACCGGGUGGCAUCUGAUGUUCUGCUCCAGGCGGUGGAGGCCUCCAAUCCAUUGGAGGCAUUCCGGGAUGUGGGGGAUGAUGUCCUGGAGGGGGUGCAAAACUGUUCGGCGGCACAUUCGGAGGAUGUUGUGGUGGUUGAGGAUGAUGAGGUUGUGGCGGUUGCUGCUGCUGUUGUGGCGGAUGUUGGUGUUGUUGGGGUGGAGGUACGAUUUGAGGUUGAGGAGGAGUGGGUGGCGGAGCAUUUGAUACAGAUGCAGGAGCCGAUUCAUCUUUUUUGGGACCUCCACCUCCAUGCGCUACUUCAGCUACCGAAGCAGCGUAUUUGUCAGCAUCUUCACCCUGAAAAUAUCAAGUUGGGGUUACUGUAG